UUCAGUGUGGUGUAAGAUGUGCGUAGUGAGAGUGGGGUGUGUGGCCGCGGGGCAGUGUCUCGGCGGCUACUCAGCGCCCCGAGUGGCAUGGCGGCCCCAAUGAGGCCCACAACCUCUUCGCAGGACCCCAGCCACCGACCGCCCAGGGUGGCGGACUCCAAUUUCGAGUAUGAUGACAACGAGUGGGACAUCGGCAUCGGAGACCUCAUAAUAGAUUUGGAUGCGGACAUAGAGAAAACGGACGAGGGGGGCAUGGCCUCGAAUGCGAGCCCCUCGGCGAAGGCGGCAGCCGCCGCGAAGAUGGCCGUCGAGCACUCUGCUACCGUCGACAAAGGUUUAAAGAUGAAGAUUAAAAGGACGAAACCGGGCACCAAAAGCUCGGAGGCGAAGCACGAGAUAGUGAAGAGUAACGAACAGAACGGUGGAGGCGGUGGCGGUGGUGGAGGCGGCAACGGAGCCGACGGCACCGGUACAGGUAACGGCGGAGGAGGAGGAGGUGGUGCAGGUGCUGGUACCGGUGGCGGCGGCGGCGGCGGUGGAAGUGGCGGUGGUAGCGGAGGCUCCGACAAGGGUGGAAAACAUCCGACAGUGACGACGGGCGGUGGUAACAACGCCGGCGGUGGCGGCACCGGUGCCGGUUCUGGUGCGGUGAACAGCGGUGGUGGUGGUGGUGGUAGUGGAGGCGGCGGCGGCGGCGGUGGUAAUAGUAUAUCUUCCUCGAACGUUUCAUCGGCGAACGCAAAUUCGAACAGCAACUCCAACCCGAACCCUUCCAACCAGAACUCCAGCUCUUCGAGUUCUUCGAGCUCGAAGCGUGGUUCCAGUGGCCACAGACGCGACAAGAACAAACACUCGUCGGAGAAGCCGAACCCCAAAGUGCCAGUGAACAGUAGUGUCGAAGUGAACGGUGUCCUCCGUGUCAGUGCCCCAGUGACUCAAAGACCUGUGUUUCCUGCAAGCUCGGGGCCAGGACCACCUCAGGUAACCCAAGGACCGAGUCCUGGACCUCCGGCAAGUCCAGCCGCUGCGACAGGAUCAGCUGCUAAACCCGAGCAGGCCAAAGUUUCGGCACCUACCUCGACGCCAGCACCCAUCUCCACUGCAGCGGCAACUGCGAACGCAGCGGCCAACGCCAAUGCACCGACAGUCACCUCGGCUUCCCUCUUCAACAACUCACAGCCAACCUCGAAUAUCGAUGACCGAAGCUCAUCACCUCCACCUGCCAAAAAAAUCAAAACCGAACUUAAG